AUGUAUACAACAUCCCCAUCUCCCGCGUUCCCUCAGUUCGCACGACUACCUGCCGAGAUACGUCUCCAAAUUUGGCACGAUGUCCUUCCAGAAAGAGAUGCUCCCACCUUCUUCACUUUCAAACCGGGAUGCUGGCGUGCAUUGAACCUGACCGAUGAAGAUUACGCCGGUUGGCAAGAAUCCCCGGACCAUCAAAACUACCAACGCAGAAUAUUCCGUCCGAACCUCCUGGAUCCAGUGCAAGUGAAAUCACCUCUAGCUUCCGUCAACCACGAAGCACGUGCUGCAUUCAUUGAAUGGGCCAAGGAACAAGAUUUCGAAUUCCGCUACUGCCCAAAACGAGACUGUCUGGUCGUUGUGAGACCCUUCGAUUCAAAAUUCGACACCAUGUACCUCACCCUGAACAGCAUGAUCAGACUGGUACACGAGGCAUUCACGGGAGAGUUGGCCGGGCCGUUUCCUCUCCAGGGUACCAUGAACGAGACCGGUAUCCCAAUCAGUCUCCCGCGCGUUGCGGUCCCCGAGUCGGCCUUUCCACUCAUGUGGCAGGAAAACAGAGCUGCAAACCAAGCCUGCAAUUUCUGCGAUCUUCUUUCUUGUUGUGACGCUCUGGAAGACAUGCUUGUCUUGGUCGAUCCACAGCCUGAUUUCGGAGAUGCUGCACAGGGGUUUCAGCGACGUUGGGUCGUCCAGGAUACCCAGGAAGAUCCCUUCGUUGAGGACAUUCCUCGGUGUCACUCUGUUCUUUGUGGUACUGGAGACAAGCAAAAGGAGCUUUACAACCGGAUACGGGACUUUGCGCCACUGAUGUCGAAUGCUUUUCUUGCUCAAUUAAGCUUUGAGUUUCCUUUCAGCAUACAUUUUCGCAUUGUCUCUACUACUGAGGAAUGA